AUUCAUUUCAAUCCGUUCUUUCCGGCUCAGUGUCUUUUUCACAGAGGUUAGGUGCGUUAAUAUGGCCCGGACCAAGCAGACAGCUCGUAAAUCCACCGGCGGCAAAGCCCCCCGUAAGCAGCUGGCCACUAAAGCUGCCCGGAAGAGCGCUCCUGCCACUGGGGGAGUGAAGAAACCCCAUCGCUAUCGACCCGGCACCGUGGCCCUGCGAGAGAUCCGCCGCUACCAGAAAUCCACUGAGCUGCUCAUCCGCAAGCUGCCCUUCCAGCGCCUCGUCCGUGAAAUCGCCCAGGACUUCAAGACCGACUUGCGCUUCCAGAGCUCGGCCGUUAUGGCCCUGCAGGAGGCCAGCGAAGCCUACUUGGUGGGGCUCUUUGAGGACACCAACCUGUGUGCUAUUCACGCCAAGAGAGUCACCAUCAUGCCCAAGGACAUCCAGUUAGCCCGGCGUAUCCGCGGUGAGAGGGCUUAAAGGCUGCCCAUCAUCUUCCAGUAACGAAAACUACUCUAAACGACCCAAAGGCUCUUUUAAGAGCCACUACAUUCACACUGAAAGGAGCUUUAACAUGUUCAUACCGUCCCUUUUGCUAAGUACGGAACUUGUCUUAACGCUUUUUUCCAGUGAAAAUUGCGGACUAAAUAUUAACACAUUUUAUUAAAAGCAGGAGGUAGUUUACUAAUCCUAAUGUUCAUUCUCCAGCUAUCUACCUUUUAUGAUUAAUCUUACAUUUAUAAUUCAUUACCAUCAACACGCCUAAACACAAGUAAUUUGCUAUUUAAGCUAUCUAGUCCCUUUUAUUUAUUGUUUUGCUCAUUUUAGAAAUUGCAUAAUUCCAUUGCAAAUUUAAAUGUACAAGUCUACAGAUAAAACUAAAAGGUUACGUCAGUGCCCCAAAGCAGUGCUAUUAUAAAUUGAAGUUGAUCAGCACUGCUUCGUGCUGUUAAUUGCUCCCAGUGAAAGACCUUGUUUAUUGUAUUCUUAUUUUUUUUUUAAGGAAAUAAUGCAUUACUGCAAACGGGCGUCGGGGCUUCUGUUUUGAAUUACAUUUGUGGAAGUUCAAAAUGAAGUCAAGUUUGAAGCUUUAUAAGAGAAAUAUUUCACAACAAAUAAGUCCGCACCUCCAAAAAAAUCUUGUGUUCAAGCUAUAAAAACAUAAAGCUCCUUUCAGUGUGACUGUAGUGGCUUUUGGAAGAGCCUGGGGGUUGUUUUAGUGUUUCUUUGUUUCUCAAAUUGCCCAGAAGAUGGUUGGACUCUUCUCUGCCCCCUCAGCCCGGAUACGCCGGUACACGAAAGGAGGCAAAUGUAAUUGGGCAAUUUGAAAAAUUGAAAAGCCCGCUCUGUGCGUAGAGAAAUAUGCCCCAUCCCUCCCUUGUUGAUUCCUCAAAGUGAAGCUCAUGGGCCUGCUACAUGAACCCUGCGCUUCCCUGAGUGGCCCCUUUCGUAGUUUCCUCUGAUUUUUUUUUUUUAAACAAACACUUUCACUCUACAGCAUGCACUCUCCCGUAUUUCUUUGUCGUUUCUUCUGCUAUACAUAUUGGUGGUGGGGGAUUUAAUUUUUACUUUCAAACUAACCAAAUCUAUGAUCAUGAACAUUAUUCAGCUUCCUCUUCUUGAGUACAAACAAUCAUCAUGAGCCCCAAUGCCCAGCAUUGGGUAAUUACCAGGAGGGUAAUAAACUGCAGGAUUCCAAUGCAUAGAAGAAUCUCUUCCUUCUCAUUUAAUUUGGUGCUUUAAUUUGCAUAUUUUAAGAUAGUGAUAUCCUACAGUUCUUCCUCUCCGACCGAGUGGCAUGCACACCUCCUGGAAUAUCUGUUUACUCUCUUCAGGCCCUCCUUAAAACCUAAAAUCUGACAGAGGGGAGGACUAAUAGUAAUUAGUUGUGAGGGGGGGAGAAGUAGCUCCCUUUGAUGGACAGCCAGCCAGUUAGAGGUAAAAUCCCUCUUGGUAGCUGUUCUUGCUUAUCACAAGUUGCAAUAUUUAAUUACUAAAAUAACAAAAAACAGGGAUUUUAUUUCCAUUGUGAAUUUCUCCUUUCUCAA